AUGGCUCCUCCUCCCAAGAAGGGUCCCUUCAGUGGGCAUCGUAAAGUACAACUGCAAUCUGUUGAAAAACCAUUUGAUCAUUUUUUUGUCGUACAGCGUGUUUCCGAUACAAAAGAAAACUUUCAUAAUGUGUCUCCUUUUCUUGUUGAAAAGGCUUUCGUUGCAACGAUUGGUGAUGUCUCAUCUAUUCGUAAACUUCGCUCCGGCGAUUUACUAGUGGAGGUUAGUUCCCGACAACAAGCACAGAAAAUUCUGAAACUUAAAGCCUUAGCAACUAUUCCCAUCACUGUUAGUGCUCAUAAAUCUCUGAAUUCCUCCAAGGGUGUAAUCACUUGCGGAGAGUUAUAUAAUGUCCCUAUUGAGAUUAUUACAAAAGAAUUGAGCGGUCAAGGAGUGACUCAAGUACGUCAAAUAACAAUUAGACGGAACGGGGAACUUCUCAAUACUAAACACUAUAUUUUAACAUUCAAUAGCCCAAAACUGCCAGAAUCUAUUAAAGCUGGGUAUAUACAUUUACCUGUCCGUCCCUAUAUACCAAACCCUCUACGUUGUUUUCAGUGCCAACGUUUUGGACAUGCAAAAUCGAGCUGCCGUGGAACUCUAACUUGCGCACGUUGUUCGGAAAAGGGCCAUGACAGUCAGCAGUGUGCCGAAUCUGAAAAGUGCAUUAACUGCAGUGGCGAUCAUACUGCCUAUUCUCGACUCUGCCCACAGGCAAGGCGCAAGGUAACAUCUCAAACUCCUAACCCAAGUAAUAGCUACGCAUCUGUUUUAGCAAAAAAUUUUAAACCAGUAACUAUUCCAGAAACUCAUUCUGAAAAAACAAAACAAUCCAAAAAAGCACAGUCCUCCAGUGCAGAUUCAGAUUCGGUUUCAAAUAGUGCUCCUGAAUCGUCAAACACUCGGAGACGUAAAGGUAAAACCAAAUCUCAAAAAUCUCUGUCGCUAAGGCUUUCAAAACGAGGCCUGUCACAAGCUGAUUUGCCAACAAAGCUCAAAAAAUCUACAUUGAAAAAUUCAAUCGCUUUAGGACUGGCGAAUAGGGGCCUUGUUCAACAAGACUUGCCAUCCAUUUUUGGCAAUUCCCCUAAAAGUUCUGAACUCAUCUCUCUCCAUCCGUCGGAGGAAGAGGAUGAUUUGAAAAUGAGUUGCGACACUCCAGCAACUCCUCAUUCUUCUGCUUUUAGUUCUCUUUCCAAAACCUCUUAA